GUCAAUGAUCUCAAAUAUAAACGCAGCAACAUAUCAAAAGAAGCCUAUAUUUACCACUGUGAAAAUAAAACUACUGAAGAAGAAGAACAGUAUAGAAAUCUUCAAAGACAAGUUUAUGCUUGCUGUAUUGCAAGUAAAACUAUUGAAGAAGCUAAGCAACAUAGAAGUUCUCAAAGACAAGCAUAUGCUCGACGAUAUAUAGAUGACAAUACUAAGCAACAACAGUCACAAAAUCCUGAACUACAACUUACAGAUUGUGAAGUUAAAAAUGAAGCAUUGCAAUGA